GUUUUAUAAAAAGUGUCAUGUCAGCGCCCAUGAAGUAAUCAAAAGAAAAAUUUUGAAGUAUUAUAAAAAAGAUGAUGAACUCAAGAGUUGUAAGACGUCUUUUACAAAGCAGUAUCUGCAGACAUUACAGUACAAAUCCACCUAGGGACAUACUGGCAUUACAUGAGCGAGGAGUAUUUCAAUCUGUCUUUCCUGAAGUAUAUACAUCAGAUUUAGUACGGCAAUUAUCUCAGUCGAUUAGUAUAUACUGUGGAUUUGACCCAACAGCUGACAGCCUACAUAUUGGUAACCUAUUGGCAAUUGUAGGACUUUUACAUUGUCAAAGAGGUGGCCAUCAACCGUUAUGUGUGGUAGGUGGUGCCACAGCAUUGAUAGGAGAUCCAAGUGGGAAAACAACAGAUAGACAACCAAUGUCCCCUUUCGACAUAGAAAACAAUACAGUAGCUUUGACGAACCAGUUAAAUCAUAUUUUUGCCAAUCAUGAAGAAUACAUAUGGAAACAUCAACAUAAAAAACUAAAACCUGUCAAAGUUAUAAACAAUGCUGAAUGGUACAAGAAUGAGAAUGUUUUAGAUUUCUUAUCAAGGGUUGGUCGCUCAUUUAGAAUGUCAGACAUGCUGAGUAGAGAAAGUGUGAAAAGUAGAUUAAGAAGUGAAGAAGGGAUGAAUUUUACAGAGUUUACCUACCAGAUGUUUCAGUCAUAUGAUUGGUUACAACUUUACCAAAGAUAUAAUUGUAUAGUACAGAUUGGUGGGAAUGAUCAGCUAGGUAAUAUGGUCAGUGGAUAUGAACUUAUACAGAAAUGUCUUGGAAAAAGAGUCUUUGGACUGACUGUUCCCUUAGUGACAUCAACUUCUGGAGACAAGCUAGGUAAAACAGCUGGUAAUGCAGUAUGGUUGGAUUAUAAUAAAACUUACCCCUUUGAUUUAUAUCAGUAUUUUGUCAACUUAAAAGAUACAGACGUAGAGAUGUACCUGAAGUUAUUUACAUUUAUAAGUGAUGAAGAAAUCAGAGAAAUUAUGAGAGCACAUAAGAAUAAUGAACAUCAGAGGAUUCCUCAUAGAAAACUUGCAGACCAAGUCACACUUCUAGUUCAUGGAGAAUCUGGUUUAAAAGAAGCCAAGCGGUGGACAGAAGCAUUAUUUGAUAAGAGUGGAAGUUCUUUGAGUACUUUGUCUGCUAAAGAGAUGAAGUCAUUAUUCAGUAAUGUACCCUGUACUAAAAUGAUACCAGAAGCAGGGAUUACUUUACUGGAGGCAUGCAUGAGAUGUCAAUGCUUUUCAAGGGAAGUUGAUGCUAAUAGGAUUAUAACAGAUGGAGGUGUAUAUGUCAACCAUGGACGUGUCUCAAAUCCUGACACAGUUCUUUUACCAGGGACUCAUAUCCUAGCCAAUAAUAUUACUUUGUUGAGAAUAGGUAAAAAGAAUCAUUACAUUAUAGAAUGGUUGUUUCCAAGUUGACAAAGGAUUUAGAGGAUGUUGUGAACAAAAAGAUUUAUAUAUUAAAUGAUUAAAUUGAA